AUGCCUGAAGAGGAGGACUGGCAGAAAUUGGCAAAUGUUAUCCUGCACUGGAACAGCAACAGGCUUGACUUGUUUGAAAUAAGUCAGCCAAGUAAAAGUUUGGAGUUCCAAGGCGUAAUGCGCUUCUCCUUGGAGGACCGCACCACGGGGAACUUUGCCACCAAGUGUCUGCGAGUCUGCAGCAGCUCCACCACCCGUGAGGUCAUAGAGACCCUUCUGGAGAAGUUCCGACCAGACAUGAAGAUGCUGUCCACACCGUACUGUCUGUAUGAGGUUCACUCUGGGAAGGAGCGUAAACUUGACCUGAAGGAGAAGCCUUUAGUUGUGCAGUUACACUGGAACACUGACAACAGAGAAGGACGCUUUGUCCUGAGGAACGAUCAGGACAUUCUCCUAGAGGCUAACUGCCAUGAGAGGAAGGACAAGGGGGGAAUGAUACAGAACUUCAAGAGGACACUGUCACGGAAGGAGAAGAAGAAGAAGGAGAGGAGCACAGAUGCAGACCUCAACACCAAGACUGAGGGCCUGUCUUCAGGAAAAGAGUAUGGCAAUCUUCUAUUUCCUGUCACACACAAACAAGUUUUCUCUCUAUUGAAAACACUGAAAAACUACAACUCCCUUUGGGGGUCAAAUUCAGAGACAACUGUGAGUAAAAUUAUUAGCUAUAUCUAUGUCCAUUGUCAUGACAAACUGUCUCUUUGCAACCUCACAGCCCACUUCCUCCACUCUUCUGCCCCCAUCUGGUGUCUCUGUGUCACAGCUGAAGAUUCCUUCCUGUCAGCAGUCAUCAACUAUACCAACAGCUCCACCAUUCACUUCAAGCUAUCCCCAGCCUACAUCCUCUACAUGGCAGGACGCUAUGAACUCAAGCGUCACGGCAGGUCAGACUCGCCCUUCCCCCCAGAGCAGGCACACAAAGUCAGCUCGCUCGUCAACAAGAUGGUGAACCUGACAGAAAGUGUGAUUCAGAAGCAGCAAGUUAUGGCUGGAGCUCUGGUAUUCUGGAUGGCCAACAUCUCAGAGUUCCUGAACUUUAUCAAGCUGGACAAGGACCUGAGCCUGGUGACACAGCAAGCCCAAGAUGCCCUGGCCCAUCUGGUGCACAAAGCUUUCAAGAGUCUGGUUUACUGUCUACAGAUGGACUUGAAAAAACACAUGACAGGGUUCCUGAUUGACCCUGAGAGAGAGGAUCAACUCCCUGGAAUAGAAGGAGUGGUGAACACUUUGACGGCCACCAUGUCUCUGCUGCGUCGCAGCCGGGUCAACCCCGCCCUCACCAUUCAGCUCUUCUCGCAGCUGUUCCACUUCAUCAGCGCCUGGCUCUUCAACAGGCUGCUGAGUGUGGAGGCCAGCACCCUGGGCCUGCGGUCCCACUACUGGGGGGCGGCCCUCCGCCAGAGGCUGACCGCCAUCGAGGACUGGGCUGAACGACAGGGGCUGGAGCUGGCUGCGGACUGCCACCUGGGACGCAUCCUUCAGGCAACAAUGCUUCUGACCAUGAACAAGUAUUCCAUGCAAGAUGCGAAAGACAUCCAGAAGGCCACCUUUAAACUGAAUUCCCUGCAGCUUAAAAAGCUGAUGAACAGCUACCUUUACGCUACCAAGGAGCCACUUAUCCCCCCUGGCUUGAUUGACAGUGUGGUGGCCCAAGCAAAGGUGUCUGCAGAUGAGCUUCUGCACUCCGAGGGGCGGGACCUGGAGCUGGAGGAGAGCUUGGACCUGCAGCUGCCCUUUCUGCUCCCUGACGGGGGGUACUCCUGCGACACCGUACAGGGCAUCCCGCAUGGCUUCAGGGAGUUCCUGGAACCCAUUUGCCGCAAAGGCCUCUGCACCCUGAUUUCUCUCCCCCACUCCAACGGCCUGUGGACUGUGUUCUUUGCUGGAGCCAGCACCCCGUCCUCAGGGAGUGUAAACCUGCCAGUGGGUAGAGAUCCAGAGGUUGUGAUCAUCACGCUGAAGAAACCCUUGAACUGUGGAAUGGGGGUCAGCAUUGUGGCUGCCAAGGGAGCAGGGCAUGGCAACCUUGGAAUUUAUGUCAAAUCUAUUGUCAAGGGAGGAUCAGCUGAAAUGGACGGGAGGUUGGCUGCUGGAGAUCAGCUGUUAAGUGUGGAUGGACAAACCCUGGUGGGAAUUUCUCAAGAAAGGGCAGCAGGUAUCAUGAUGAAGACCGGACCAGUUGUGACCCUCCAGGUCGCAAAACUGGGAGCAUGUUUCCAUGGCCUGGAUGCUUUGCUCUAUCAACCACCCUCAAAGAAAACAAUGGAUGGAAGUCAUCAGAGCAUCUCAACGCCAAAUGAGAAGUCCCCCGUUCUGAACAUUGGUGUCGAUCUGAGUACCUCGGGACUUUGGGGGGCCCAGCACGGAGCCGGCAGGAGAAGGCAGGAGCAGCUGCUACUCAAGAACAGACAGCUUUAUCGCUCCAACCCCAACAUGAUUGCUGUGGUCUCACACGAGAGAGAACCUGCUGAUCCUGUUGAGAUACAAGGACAAAUCUUGGCUGUCUCCACCCACGAUAUUUGCUUUGAUGAGAGUCUAAGGGAGUACCAGACGCUGCCAGCACCAAGAUCUCAGGACAGGAAAGCCCCAGCUAAACAUGAAAGACAACUUCAGAGCCCCAGAGUUACUUUCAGUCCUCUUGAAGAAUACAUCCCUGACAGGAGGGCUUACAUGCGUAUUGGGAAUGCACUCAAGUUUACAUUUGGUUAUUUCCCCCCAAAGAGACAUGCACACUCUCAGGACAACCUGUGUGUUGAGACUGUGGCGCCCCUAGUGGAAAAGCCACAGGGGCAGACCAGAGGGAGGAUGAGUCACCAGGCCUCUGUCCCUGUCCGCUCCUGCAUCUCAACCCAUGACCUCCGCCUCAAGCUCCCUCCGGCUGCCAGGCACCAUCAGAGCAACCGUCAAAGUGGGUCAGGUUACUGGAGAACGCCAGCCAUACAGAACCCAGUAACCUCAAUACAGCCAAUACGCAUAGACAUCCCUGCAACAAGGCCAAUUGACACCCACCCUCCCCUCACCACCUUCAGGCAAAACCCAACUUUGCUGACGAUGACGUUGAGCCAAAGCUCAAAUGGUGAUGAAAAAACACAGCUUAUCAAUCAGGGGAUGAGCUUCCAGAAUCAUGCAGGUCCUUCUUCCCCAAACCAGAAGCUUCCACAAGCGUCUGUGAAAUCCCAGCCGCUGCAACAACAGCCGAGCAUCUAUCAAGAACAGCAGAACAGAGCUCCGACAGUCCUCUUUCCGCCAAAACAGACCUCCCCUCUGAAGCCGUCUCCUCAGCAGCAGCCAGGUGUUAUCUCCCCCAACCAACAAAACCUGUUCUCAGAUCUCCACCGGGAGCUGUCCGGCUGCAGCGGCUUGUCCCCAGACCCCUGGAAGAGGGCGGCCCGGGAGGCACUGGAGAAGCAGCAACGGCUCCAGGUGGUGGCCCUGCUGGAGCGCGAGCUACGGGAGCUGCAGGCCAAGGCCCAGCACACCCCCGAGGAGAAGGACAGGCUCCGCAGGGUGGACCUGGAGUGGCAGUUCCAGAAGAGGCUGCAGGAGUUCCAGCAGAACGGACACGACGAGGAGGAGGAGGAGGAGGACAGGGACGUGAGGAUGAUCAUGCAGCAACUGGAGGUCGAGGACAAGACACAGCUACAAGGGAAGGAUCCCUGCAAACUCCAGCAGCACAUUGAUGAAAACACCAACCCUUCAAGAGAGGACAAGAAAAUCACUUCAUCAGGUAUGAAGAACUUUUGUUUCAUUUUAACUUACAUAUUUGUUGUUUCCUACUGUGAAAACAUGGCUUGUAGCAUUUGUGUUAAUUCGACAGUAUCGUUUACAAUGUUUUGUUUGACAUUUUUAGGGAUGGAUAAAGGUUAUAAUGGAUCUGACAAACUUGACUUGCAUACCAUGAAACCAGAGGAGUAAGUCUUCACACAUUUACACACGACUCAGUAUCAAGUAUUCCCAAGGAAAAGUUAUCUUAACAAAACAAUCAACAUGUGGCUUUACUCUACAUUGUAUCAAGUAUUCCCAACAACAUAAAUUACAUCCGAUAUAUAUAAUAACAUCCAUCAUCCAGACCAGCGAUUAACAUUUAUCCUUCUGUCAUUAAAUCACAGAGACCAGAGAGAGACCUUGAG